GGCCCCGCCCCUCAGUGAGCGUGCGUCAGAGUCAGUGUGACGCAGCACAAUCUGUGGUCUUAAGCACAGCAGCAGCGCGCAUUAACACUCUUUUUUCUUAAUUAAACGCGUUAUUAGCGGUCAUGGCGCAGAGCAUGCUGCUGUACUGGGGCUCCGGUUCUCCGCCGUGCUGGAGAGUCAUGAUCGCGCUGGAGGAGAAGCAGCUGCAGGGAUACAAACACAAACAUUUGUCUUUUGACAAGAACGAACACAAGUGUGAAGAAGUGAAAGCUCUCAAUCCCAGAGUUCAGGUGCGUUCAGAUAGCGCGUUUAAGUCUCAAGGCACCCGUCUGAUCCCAGACGACCCGGCUGAACAAGCGCUCGUCUACCAGCGAGUGUUUGAGACCAACAACCUGCAGCAGAAAAUGUGUAAGUGCCCUCAACAGUCAACACACUUCAGCUCUAAAAACAUGCAAACGUCCAGCUUCAGCUGCUGCUUCUCGUGUAGCGCGUUUAAGUCUCAAGGCACCCGUCUGAUCCCAGACGACCCGGCUGAACAAGCGCUCGUCUACCAGCGAGUGUUUGAGACCAACAACCUGCAGCAGAAAAUGUAUGACGUGGCUUUCUACGAAUGGUACGUUCCUGAAGGAGAGAGGCAUGAAUCGGCUCUGAAGAGGAAUAAAGAGAGUUUAAUCGCAGAGCUCAAACUGUGGGAUGGAUACUUGGAGAAGAUGGGUAAAGGCUCGUACCUCGCUGGCAAGAACUUCACUAUGGCUGAUGUGGUUUGUUUCCCCGUCAUCGCGUUUUUCCCGCGACUUCAUUUGAAAGCAGUAUCAGAUAUUCCUGAUGGAUCGAACAUAUGCACUGUUUUUUGUUCAGAUGACGUGGCUUUCUACGAAUGGUACGUUCCUGAAGGAGAGAGGCAUGAAUCGGCUCUGAAGAGGAAUAAAGAGAGUUUAAUCGCCGAGCUCAAACUGUGGGAUGGAUACUUGGAGAAGAUGGGUAAAGGCUCGUACCUCGCUGGCAAGAACUUCACUAUGGCUGAUGUGGUUUGUUUCCCCGUCAUCGCGUUUUUCCCGCGACUUCACUGUCCUCCGGAGCGUUGUCCCAGACUGAUGGAGUACUACAAGAUGCUAAAGGACCGUCCCAGUAUUAAAGCCAGCUGGCCUCCUCACUGGCUGGAGAAACCUGAGGGUCAAGACAACCUCAAGAACCUGUGAAGAACAUCCUGAACACACCAGCAGCAUAAAACCAUCACUUAAUUCAGUUUUAUGUUCAACUUACUGUAUUAAAUCACAACGCUUGACUGUGAUCAGUCUCCUUUACAGUGCAGCAGCUUCAGUUUGUCUGAUGUUUGAUAAUUAACAUCAAUCAUUUAUCUUUAACCCAGCAGGCCACUUUAUUUGUGAACUCAUUUUUUAAGAUAAAGCUCGUUGUUGUGUCUGUAAUGAUUAACGUUUUAUCCUGUUCAGUCCAAAUAAAGAACAUUUUUUACCACCAGUUUUAAGUUAGCACUACAUUAUAUUCACACC